AUAGUCUAUAGCCGGGCCCGUUUGCGGGAACAGUGUCAACAGAAAAGCCGGGGGCCGUGAAUGACGCGUGGUGCGCUUGCUCUAUUUGGGCAAUAUUUUGAAACUUUCCAAUCAAGCCUAUAUACUUUUUCGGCUUUUCGGGCUUAUUUUUAACGGAAUUACUCGUGUCCAUAGUGAAAUAACGGAUUUAUUCAGUCAAUCAUGUCCCAAACAGAAAGCAGCGUGGAGCAGCAGCAGCGGGAAGAGCCGAGCCAACUCGACUCGGUCGGUCCGGCAGAGGAUGAUGCUUCAGAAAAUGGUCGUGAUGAAGCAUCAGAUACAGCAAUGGAUAGUGAAGCGCACUCGUCAUCAUCUCCCUCAUCAAAAGAUAAGGACCAGCCGGGCGGAUAUGAAGAAAAAGUGAAAACAGACCGGACCAACAGAUUCGAGUACCUCCUGAAGCAGACCGAAGUAUUUGCUCAUUUCAUCCAACCAGCUGCCCAGAAGACUCCAACUUCACCUCUGAAGAUGAAGCCUGGUCGCCCUCGCAUCAAAAAAGACGAGAAGCAGAACCUGCUCUCUGUUGGAGAUAACCGCCACCGUCGGACUGAGCAGGAGGAGGACGAGGAGCUGCUAAACGAGAGCAGCAAAGCCACCAGUGUUUGCACACGUUUUGACGAUUCUCCUUCUUAUGUGAAAACCGGCAAACUGAGAGACUACCAAGUCCGUGGAUUAAACUGGCUCAUUUCCCUCUAUGAGAACGGAAUCAAUGGGAUCCUUGCUGAUGAAAUGGGUCUUGGUAAGACUCUUCAGACCAUCUCUCUGCUGGGCUACAUGAAGCACUAUAGAAACAUUCCUGGACCUCACAUGGUUCUGGUACCCAAGUCCACCCUGUAUAACUGGAUGAAUGAGUUCAAGCGCUGGGUUCCCUCUCUACGAGCGGUCUGCCUCAUUGGGGACAGGGAUGAAAGAACUGCUUUUAUCCGUGACACACUGCUGCCAGGUGAAUGGGAUGUGUGCGUUACCUCCUAUGAGAUGGUCAUUAUCGAGAGGGCUGUCUUCAAAAAGUUCAACUGGAGAUACCUUGUCAUUGAUGAGGCUCACCGUAUCAAGAACGAGAAAUCGAAGCUUUCAGAGAUUGUGCGAGAGUUCAAGACUACAAAUCGAUUGCUGCUGACUGGAACCCCACUGCAGAACAACCUUCACGAGCUGUGGGCGCUGCUGAACUUCCUGCUGCCAGACGUUUUCAACUCCUCAGAGGAUUUUGAUUCCUGGUUUGACACCAAUAACUGUCUGGGAGACACAAAAUUGGUGGAACGUCUACAUACUGUACUUCGUCCAUUCCUGCUGAGGCGUAUCAAAGCCGAUGUGGAGAAGUCUCUCCUCCCCAAAAAGGAAAUCAAGAUGUAUAUUGGGCUCAGCAAGAUGCAGAGAGAAUGGUACACCAAGAUCUUGAUGAAGGAUAUUGACAUUCUGAACUCUGCUGGUAAGAUGGACAAAAUGCGUCUGUUGAACGUGCUGAUGCAGCUCAGGAAAUGCUGCAACCACCCCUACUUGUUUGAUGGCGCGGAGCCUGGCCCUCCUUACACCACUGACCUCCACCUGGUGGUCAACAGCGGAAAGAUGGUGGUGCUGGACAAGCUGCUGCCCAAGCUGAAAGAGCAAGGUUCCCGUGUGCUGAUCUUCAGUCAGAUGACCAGGGUGCUGGACAUUCUGGAGGAUUAUUGUAUGUGGCGCAACUACGGUUACUGUCGUCUGGAUGGACAGACUCCUCAUGAGGAGCGACAGGUCUCCAUCAAUGCCUUCAAUGAGCCCAACAGCUCAAAGUUUGUGUUCAUGUUGAGCACCAGAGCAGGAGGUCUCGGUAUCAAUCUGGCCACCGCUGACGUUGUCAUCAUCUACGACUCUGACUGGAAUCCUCAAGUGGAUCUUCAGGCUAUGGAUCGUGCCCACAGGAUUGGUCAAAAGAAACAGGUGCGCGUGUUCCGAUUCAUCACGGAAAAUACAGUUGAGGAAAGAAUUGUGGAGCGUGCAGAAAUGAAGCUCCGCUUGGACUCCAUUGUCAUUCAACAAGGCAGGCUGGUCGAUCCAAAUAUGAGCAAACUGGGUAAAGAUGAGAUGCUGUCCAUCAUUCGACAUGGUGCCACUCAUGUGUUCGCCUCUAAGGAGAGUGAGAUCACCGAUGAAGACAUUGAUGCCAUCUUGGAGAGAGGAGAGAAGAAGACCAUGGAGAUGAAGGAAAAGCUGGCCAAUCUUGGAGAAAGCUCGCUGAGGAACUUCACCAUGGACACAGAGAACAGCGUGUACAACUUUGAGGGUGAAGAUUACAGAGAAAAGAAAAAGGUCAUCACUAACUGGAUUGAGCCACCCAAGAGAGAGCGCAAGGCGAACUACGCUGUGGAUGCUUACUUCAGAGAGGCUCUGCGUGUCAGCGAGCCCAAAGCACCAAAGGCUCCCCGUCCUCCUAAACAGCCCAAUGUUCAAGACUUCCAGUUCUUUCCCCCUCGGCUGUUUGAGCUGCUGGAGAAGGAGAUCCUGUAUUACAGGAAGACUAUUGGCUACAAGGUGCCAAGAAACCCCGAUCUGCCCAACUCGGCCCAAAUGCAGAAAGAAGAACAGGCCAAGAUCGAUGAAGCUGAACCACUUAAUGAGGAAGAGCUGGAAGAGAAGGAGAACCUCCUCUCACAGGGUUUUACUAUCUGGACCAAGCGUGACUUCAACCAGUUCAUCAAGGCCAAUGAGAAGUGGGGAAGAGAUGACAUCGAGAACAUCGCCCGGGAGGUCGAGGGCAAAACCCCAGAGGAGGUCAUGGAAUAUUCGGCUGUGUUCUGGGAGCGCUGCAAUGAGCUGCAGGACAUUGAGAAGAUCAUGGCUCAGAUCGAGAGAGGAGAGGCCAGAAUCCAGAGGAGAAUCAGCAUCAAGAAAGCACUGGACUCUAAAAUUGGCCGUUAUAAGGCGCCAUUUCAUCAGCUCAGGAUCUCGUAUGGCACAAACAAAGGGAAAAACUACACAGAGGAGGAGGAUCGAUUUCUCAUCUGCAUGCUGCACAAACUGGGAUUCGACAAGGAGAGCGUUUAUGAUGAGCUCCGCCAGUGCAUACGCAACUCACCCCAGUUCCGGUUCGAUUGGUUCCUCAAGUCCCGCACGGCCAUGGAGCUCCAGAGGAGAUGUAACACACUCAUCACGCUCAUUGAACGUGAGAACAUGGAGUUGGAGGAGCGAGAGAAAGCGGAGAAGAAGAAGAGGGGCCCUCGCACGUCUUCGGCCCAGAAACGCAAGCAGGACGGGACCCCUGAUGGACGUGGCCGCAGGAAAAAGCUCAAAUUGUGAGCGGGCAGGCGUCACGCCUCACUUGGCGAGGACCUUCAGUACAGCAAUACUUGCAUUUGUUGUUACGGGUCCCACUCAUGUACUGUAUGGAUUUGCAGCACUGAACCUCGCCUCCAAGUAGCUUGACCUUUUCAACACGGUGUAGAGUUGUAAAUUAGAUCUCUCUUUUAGUUAUAUAAUGUACUACGGCUGUGCUGUCAGUUGUUUUGUAUUUAUGCCUACUUUUUUCUUUUUUUUUGUCUUUUUUUUUUUGUACCACAUUCCAUUUGCUUGUAUCAAUUUGAUUUGCUGUCUUUCCUCCUCAUUAUUAGCAUCUUCAGUAUUGUCUCUGUACCCUCAGUUGAAUAGUCAAUUGGAACGUGACUAAUAAAUGUUGUUUUUUAUAAA